AUGGCGAAAAGCUCACGAUCCAGCGUCAUCAAGACGAACAACCGACGCCUCAAGAAAAAUGUCUUUGGGCCCGUCGAAGCAGCGCGCGCCGAGCGCCUUUCUGCAAAGCUGCUGGCCCUCGCAGCCGAGCCCAAGCCGCAAAAGGAUGUCGAAAUGAAUGAGGAGCCGGUUGAUGAGCCCAAGGAGGAGGCCGCGGCGAAAGACGACACAGCUAUGGAGGUUGAGGGGGCCAAGCCGGCGACUGGGAAGCCGAAAGGCAAGGGCAAGAAGAAGGUGGAGAAGCGGAGAGGCAAGAAGUCGUCAAUUGUGUUCCCGACGAGGGCGCCGAGGCGGAACAAGAAAUGA